UUCGGAAUCAUAUGAGAAUUGAUUGAGGUCAUUAGGGUUCUCGCGGAGAACUCCUAAAAGUUUCCAGGCUUUUCCGAUAAGGAGUUCAACUUGAUAUUCAAUUAAAAUCGGCCGUGACCAAUUUUGGUUCUCUCCCGAUGUCCAAUGCCCGGCAUUUUGACACAUUUGAUUGCCCGACCCCGCGUUCACCUUAUCUGGCGGCGGGUUAUCUCUCCGCCAGUUUCAUUCUCUUUGCCACUGACAUGGUAAACUAUUGGGAACGCGAUUAGUUGGGAUUGCGGCUUGGCAGCGACCGUCUCAGCAGCUCAGUGCCUCAGUUCGUAAAGAGGAGUGGGCGGACCUAGUUUUCCGGAAGUCUGUCGUCGCAUUAGCAGUGACCUUUACUCAGCCGACCUCAAAAGGCCACAAACGAGCCCAAGACUAAGGCCAACUAAGGCUCAAAAAAGUGGCUCACUCAUUUCGCGUCGGGUCGCCGAAGAGGCAGCAGUGCAGCGGAAAUGAUUUUGCCAGCUCUAGCCAUCCUUUGGGUGGUAGGCAUCGUGCGCGGCCAGAAUGGCACAGCCCAGAUAGAGAAUGAGCUACUGCACUUCUCCUACAAGCUCGAACAGUACCUGGACACUGGCAGGCAGCCGUGCCAGGACUUUUACGGAUAUGUGUGCUCGCGAAGCGCCAACCUCAGCCAGUCGGGUCGCCAGCGCUUCCAAAGCUUCCUUAAGGGAGCCGACGACAACCAGCUCAUGGACAUGGAGCUCCAGCUGGUUAACCUUUUUAAGUCCUGCGAAACAGGACGUGGCGGGGAUGCGCUCAAGGGAUCGCAGCUCUACAGGAUGAGCGGAGGCUGGCCCGUUCUGGAGGCAGCAAAGACAGAAGGAGGCCCGCAGCGCCUCAGCAAUCAGACUCUGAGCUGGCUGGGGCUAUUGGGACUCUUCCACGAGGUAGGAGCGCCCUAUUUCUUCGAGACGGUGGUCACCAUGCAGUCGAACAAGCGGGUGGUGGUGCUCCAGCCGGACACGACGCGACGGCAUACCUUGCGGAAGUUCGAGCAGCGAGUCAGUGAGGUCCUGAAGAGCUUCGGCAUCGAACAGAGCCGCGCUCAUGUGGCCGCCCUAGAGGUGCUCAGCCUGGAGCGGGCAAGGCGUGACAUAGUCAAGGCCGACCACAUCGAGGACCAGGUGCAGUUCAGCUACGGUAACUUCAAGCGGAGUGCUUUCGGAAACGCCUCCCUCGCUAGACUCGACUGGGACGUCUACUUCCGGAAGCUGCUGGGCGGCAAGACGCCUCAGGCAACGGACACAAUUGUGGUGAAGCAGCUGCCCCGACUGGUGGAGUACUUUGUGCUUCUUCAGAACACCAGCAUGCAUCGGCUGCUUAACUGGAUUUGGACGGAUUAUCUGAUGGACAUUGUGGACACCGACUGCCACCAGCUGGCGGAGACCUACGCCGGAGACAUUUACGCCCAUGUAGUGCAACGAGUAACGGCCGACAGGGCGGGGCUUGCCCAGAUGUACGCCUCUCUGGGAAAAGCCUACUCCGAGCAGCUAGUGGGAAGCGUGUGGAUCGACGAAAUAUCCCAGGUUAGCUCGAAGCAGUUCCUCGGACAACUCAUGCACUUGACCCUCAAUGGGGACGAGCGCCUGGACGCCGCCUACCGCGAGAUACUACUGGGACGACGCAGUUUUUACCGGAAUCUGGAGAAGCUCCGCCGCUUCCAGCGGCACCGCCCUCCAGUCUCGCAGGCCAACAAGGACCUACGCGAGUUCGCCCAGGUGUUUCCCACGGUAAACGCCCUACUGGGUCGCCAGAACCUGAGUACCCCGCUUAAUUACCUCCUGCUUGGGGAGUACUUCUCGAGGAGCCUCCUAGCCGCGGGCAGCAACAGUCGCACCCCAGGCGCCUGGCGGAGCUCCGACUCAGAGGGUCGCUUCAACGCCUUUCACGAAUGCGUAGCGGGAGCUGGAGGAGCCCAUGCCGACCAGGUUAACACUAAUGAUUUGCUCCUGGGAUUACUCGCCCAACGACAGGCCCUGCGCAGCUACCGUCAGUGGCUAGGACAACCCACUCGGACUACUCUCCAGACAAGGAUCGACUCAUUACUAGCCGUCGGGCGGCUAAAGACGUCCCUGCAGAAGCUAUACUUUGUGGGCAGCCUGAUCGUUGACUGCCGGUCCGACCAGGGGGUCCUCCAGCAGGAGCGGAAACGUCAGCUGACACACGCCAUCUUGCGCAACUCGCGCGAGUUCGGCGAGGCCUUUCAAUGCCGACCUGGCGAUGCCCUCCAUCCGCUGCAACAGCAGCAGCGCUGCAAUCCCCUCUAGGCCUGGUUAAUUGUAAGCUUUUCGGACAACUUCGGUCGGACCUUGACAUUUUUGCGGGGCGGCCGUUGGCUGUGUUGAGGGGUGUGUGUUAAAAAUCGAUACGCGGGCCCUGCAACCAUGCAAUCACAUGGUCGCCCCAAUCAAUUGAUUUUUCUCGGCCCAGUUGCAGUGGGCCAGGCUAGCAUAUGCUUACGAAUAGGUUACGUACGAGAGAGCACAUGAGGCGAAAAAAACAGAACGAAAUAAACGGAUUUUCUUUCAAAGACUUA